AAAAACAAGCACGUCUAGUUUUCAAUCAGAGUAAUUAAACUGGCACCUGCGCGGCCGGGAUUGCUAAACUUCAGGAGCACAAAACACACAUCGUUUAAUGAAUUGUUAAAAACGACUUUUGUUGUGGUAUGUUGCAUCAGACAGUGAUUUUGGGGAUGAAGGCAGUCACAAAUAAAACAGCGUUAGCUGAUGUUUUCGCAGAGGACUCAGAAAAGGAGCAAACGUUUUACGGCUUUUCUGAUAGUGAAAUCGCCAAUAACUACGAUAAAGAUUCACAUUUGGCAGAUGAAGAUGAAACCCAGCCUGACCCUUCACCAAAGAAGCAGAGGGACACAUCUAAACCAUUUGCUGGGGCCCAAAGAUUCAGGCUGAGAGUGGCCCUUCGCUCUGCUUCCUCUUCACAGCAGUCCACUGAUGAGGAGGAGGAGGACGUUGAUGAGGAAGAAAAGAGGACCAAAAAGAGAGUGGUAAAGUGGGCAGGAAAGACCAAUCUGGCAAAGAAGAGGAAACAUGUUCCAUUUAAACAGGAGGAGAUGGCAGUAGAUCUUUCUAAAGAGCAAGGAUCCGAUUCAGCAGAAGAUGUACCUGCUUCUUUCCUGGAUAAGAGAGAACAGAACAUCAAGGCCAACAAAGCAAUGUUGGCUCAGCUGAUGGCGGACCUGAAGAAGAUGCCAUGUGGUGCAGGGAUUCUAAAACAAGAAGCAGGCACACAGAAGAAGAAAGGCAAACAUUCUCAUCCACCUCGCUCUUGGGCAGCUGCAGGAGAGUCUAGGAAGAACCCAGAGCGGGCGUCUCGCAGACAGACUCGCUCCAUGGGGGCAUGCGAGGGAACUUUAUCACCUAAGAAGGAAGAAGUGGAGUUAAGCUUGGAGGAGGAGCUGCUGGAGGUACGUCGAGCCCCACAGCGCCGUGCCCCACGGCCUAAAGCAUGCACGCCUCAUUGUAUCCGUCCUGUGGAGGACAUCACAGAGGAAGAGAUUCAGCUGGUGGCAGACAACAUGACGGAAAAAGUCUACAACAGAGACACAGGCACAACAUGUCAUCAGUGCCGUCAGAAAACUGUUGACACCAAGACAUUCUGCCGCAGUGAGGACUGCAGGGGGAUUUUGGGUCAGUUCUGUGGGCCAUGUCUGAGGAACAGAUACGGAGAGGAUGUCAAGAAGGCGCUACUUGAUCCAAAGUGGAAGUGUCCUCCCUGCCGUGGCAUUUGCAACUGCAGCUUCUGCCGGCAGCGUGAAGGCCGCUGCCCGACGGGCAUCCUGUUCCCUCUGGCUCAGUACCACGGCUUCUCUGACGUCCACUCUUAUCUCAGCAGUCUCCGGAAUAAACUGAAGAAUGUGGACAAAGAUGUAGAGAUGUUAUAUCAACACUAGGUUGAGUGUUUGCUGUUUUUAUUGUUUAAGUUUUCAGUGUUUUUAACAAAAGUAAAACAUACCAAACCUAUGACUUUUAAAUGAAUAAAGUAUUUUAUGAUCA